AUGGCUGUAGAUCUUCGAGCUAACUUCAAGGCCAGUGGAGAAAGGUUCUACUGGGAUAGUACAUUAGUUAAAUUGAAGGAAUUUGUCUCAAAGGAGUUAAAACUCUCAGGAAGAUGGGCGUCGCCGGGCGGAGAUGUAAAGUUAUUCACAGCUGAUACUGUCAGCUUGAAAUGGCACGGAAAAACCAUUAAAACUAUCACAUUGGCUGGAAAUUCGACUGAGACAGACGAAUUGUCUAAGAUUCUGACAUCUAUAUGUGAAACAGUGAAAGUUCAGUCGAAAAUCAAGGCAGCAAUACAGAGAGAUGUCAAGACCACUUCAAUAAUGACGACAACACCGAAACAAGCGUGGAUGCCACCUCAGGUAGAAGGCUGAAUACAAUUGGUUUAUAUAUAUGCAAUGACCAAGAGUCGUUGGAGAACUCUUUUAAUAAAAGUGGCAAUACUAUAGCUGACGAAACCAACUCGGGGGAUGGCAUGCUUGAGAAUAUUGAGAAUAACAAGUUUCUUAUGACUGAUAGUUCAUGUCAGACAAAUAAUCAGACAGCGAACGAACACUGGGGCCUUAAUCAUUCAUGUCCAUUGGAUCAAGUUACUACUGAUAUUGAGAGUCUAAAAUCUAAAAUGUCUACCCUUCAGUCGUCAGUUUUGUCUUUUGGAAAUGUACUCAAAGAUCAUGACACGAUAUUAACUUUAUAUAACAGAGCGGCGGAUUUAAACGAAAAUUUGUUGAAAUAAAUGAGAAAACAGAAUUAAAAUCGAGGAAGAAAGAGACUCUCUGCAGCUCGCGACAAGGCUUAUUGCAGAAGACAAACUUUGUCAACAUAGGGGUAAUAGUGUCGGUUGUCAGUGCCGCAAAAGCAACUCCGUACCAUGACAAAAAAUUCCUAAUAGUAAUAAAAACGUUCAUAAAGCUAACAGUGGAAGUUACAAAUAACGUACAAUAG